GCCAGGGACCGUGUAAAGAAUGGUCUUACUAAACUGCUGGAGACCAUUGUGCUUGUGGACAAAAUGAAAGCGGAUAUGUCUGCUCUGGAGCCAGUUCGAAAACAAAAAUCUAUUGAUGUUGAUGCUGUCAUGGAGAAACUGACUGUAGAUCAGGAGAAGGCUGACAAGGUGCGUAAAGUAGUGCAAGAAGAUGAAGCUUUUGCAAAGUGCGUGGCCUAUGUAACUCAGGCGUCAGCAGAUGAUGCCCAGAGGGACCUGGAUGAGGCUAUGCCAGCCCUCGAAAGUGCCAAUCAGGCCCUUCAUUCUCUGGACAAGGGUGACAUUUCUGAAAUCAAGCUGUUCACCAAACCCCCAGACCUAGUCAUGAUCGUCAUGGAGGCUGUCUGCAUCCUGCUCAACUGCAAACCAGAUUGGCCCAGUGCCAAGCAAUUACUGAGAGAUUCCAAUUUCCUCAGGCGUCUCACAGACUAUGACAAGGACAAUAUCAAGCCUCAGAUCCUGCUGAAACUGCAAAAAUAUGUCAGCAAUCCUGACUUGAUACCUGAGAAGGUGGAGAAGGUAUCCAAGGCCUGUAGGUCAAUGUGCAUGUGGGUCAGAGCUAUGGAUCUUUAAUCCAGAGCCCUGAAAGAAGUUGGCCCCAAGAAUGAAAAACUGGCAAAGGCACAGGAGGAACUGGAUGUGAUGAUGGCAACCCUGAGGGAGAAGCAGGAAAAGCUUCAGGAAGUGAAUAACCAGAUCAAGGUCCUGCAGCAAUUUGACAGCAGCGAGGAGGAGAAAGAAGAUUUGGUUAACACAAUGCCUCUGACACAGACUCGGUUGAUCAGGGCAGGAAAGCUAGCUUCUGCUCCAGGUGACGAGUAAGCAUGCUGGAAAGAAAGCGUAGCCCUGUUUGAGCAAGAGAUCAUCAACGUUGUAGGGAACGUCUUCAUUGCAGCUGCUUGUGUGGCCUAUUAUGGAGCAUUUACUUCCCACUAUAGACAGUUGCUAAUUGACCAGUGGAUUUUACAGUGCCAGGAAUUGAACAUCCCCAUCAGUUCAAGCUUUAGCCUGAUCAACAUUCUGGGUGAUCCGUAUGUCAUCCGCCAGUGGAACACAGAAGGGCUGCCUUGUGACACUGUCUCUACGGAGAAUGGGAUACUGGUGACUGAAGGCCACCGCUGGCCUCUUAUGAUUGACCCACAGGAUCAGGCCAACCGGUGGAGCCGCUCCAAAGAGGCCAAGCAUGGUCUAAAGGUGAUUAAGCUGACAGACCCAAGCUUCCUGUGUACACUGGAGAAUGCCAUACGCAUGGGCAUGCCUGUACUGUUAGAGGAGUUGAAGGAGACCCUUGAUCCAGCGUUGGAGCCUGUCCCCUUUGUAGCUGGUGGACGAACAUUGAUCCGGCUUGGAGACUCAGAUAUUGACUAUGACAAAAACUUCAGGUUCUAUAUGACCACCAAGAUGGCCAACCCACACUACCUGCCAGAGGUGUGCAUCAAAGUUACAAUCAUCAGUUUCACUGUGGUUAAGUCUGGCUUAGAGGACCAACUGCUCAGUGAUGUGGUGCGUCUUGAGAGUCCAAAUCUUGAGGAACAGAGGAACGAGCUGAUUGUGCGCAUCAAUGCUGACCGUAACCAGCUCAAAGAUAUUGAAGACCAUAUCCUUAAGCUUCUCUUCACUUUUAAAGGAAAUAUGCUUGACAAUGAAGCGCUAGUUCAGACUCUCCAGGAGUCAAAGGUGACAUCAGAGGCUAUAAAGCAUCGUUUGGAGGAGGCAGAAGCCACAGAGCUCAUGAUCAACUCUGCAAGGGAGCAAUACUGGCCUGUGGCCACCCGAGGCUCUGUCUUAUACUUUGUCAUCGCAAGUCUCCCUGAGAUCGAUCCUAUGUACCAGUUCUCCCUCAAGUACUUUAAACAGCUCUUGAAUUCAACCAUUGAGACAUCAGAGCGGAGCAGUGUGUUAGAAGAGCAUCUUCAGAUCCUGCUUGACCAGAUCUUGCUCAACUCCUAUAUCAAUGUGUCACGUGACCUCUAGCUUAUCUACAGCUUUAUGUUGUGUAUCGAGAUCAUGAGGCAGCGUGGUGAGAUCUCUGAUGGGGAGUGGCAGCACUUCCUAAGAGGAGCGUUCUUCUUGGAAAAGGACUAUGCAAAGCGGCCAGAUGUGCCAUGGCUAAGUGAUUUUUAUUGGCAGACAUGUUGUGAGCUGGAGGACAGACUGCCCUGCUUCAAGGACAUCUCCAAAGAAAUCGCCAGAACUCAUAUCCAUAUCGAGCUAGGACGUUUUCAAGCAUCUAUUAAUCCAGAGACCUGGGAAGGCGAUGUGUCAGAAUUUCCGCCUCUGGGAAAGUCCAAAGAGGAGAAACAGGAAAUAAGAGGCUACUGGAAUGAGAGGUUGGGGGUCUUUCAGAAGCUGGUUCUUAUCAAGAGCUUCGUGGAGGAGAAGGUGGUUUUUGCAGCAACAGAGUUUGUGAUUGUCACCCUGGGAAAGCAGUUUGUAGAAAACCCCCCAGUUCACCUGGCUAAUCUCUACAAUGACAUGCCCCCCUCCACCCCACUGAUCUUCAUCCUCAGCACAGGAUCUGAUCUUAUGGGUGCCUUCCAGCGCUUUGCAAAUGAGAGAGGGUGUCCUGACAGGUAAAAACAAACAAACAAAACAAGUGGAGAGGGGCCUAUAGCAGAGAAGAUGAUCCAUGCAGCAUUAAAGAGUGGCAACUGGGUAUUUCUGCAGAAUUGCCAUCUGGCUGUGUCCUGGAUGUUAGCCAUGAAGGAGCUCCUCAAGUCCUUCACUGAGCCUGAUACAUCAAUCCAUGAGGAAUUCCAUUUGUUUCUCAGUUCUGUGCCUACCAAAGUAUUUCCUGUUACAGUGCUCCAGAGCUCUGUCAAGGUGACUAAUGAGCCUCCUAAAGGCCUGCGAGCCAACAUGCGACGAGCCUUCACAGAGAUUACUGGUAACUUCUUCGAAGACCACGUUCUGGGACGCGGCUGGAGGAAGAUGGGAAUAUCCUUUUUCCAUGCAAUCAUCCAGGAGCGGAAGAAGUUUGGUCCACUGGGCUGGAACAUACCCUAUGAGUUUAAUGACAGUGACAGAGAGUGUGCUCUGCUUUAUCUAAAUCUCUACUGCAAAGAUGGCACAAUUCCUUGGGAUGCUCUCAUUUAUAUUACUGGUGGGAUCACAUAUGGAGGCAGAGUGACGGAUGCCUGGGACCAGCGCUGCCUCAGGACAAUCCUCAAAGCCUUCUUUUCUCCUGAAACGCUGCAUACUGGCUACACCUACUCAUCCCCAGGUAUUUACUAUGCCCCAGAGACAGAUGAACUGGAGCAGUAUAAGAAGUACAUUGAGAGUCUUCCAAUUAUAGAUGAUCCUGAAGUCUUUGGCAUGCAUGAGAAUGCCAACCUGGCUUUCCAGUGGCAAGAAACCAUAACUCUAAUCAACACCAUCCUGGAUGUUAAUCCUCGUUCUUCAGCGCAACAUGGAGCCAAAAGUAAUGAUGACAUAGUCUGUGAGCUUGCUGAAUCUAUACUAGCUAAGCUACCAGAGCGACUGGACAUGGAUGAGGCAGUGGAAACAUUGUUUGUUCGAGACAAGAAUGGCUGCCUGAGCUCCCUCACAACUGUUUUGGGCCAGGAAGUGGACCGAUUUAACAACCUCCUGAGAGUUGUCAGGAUGUCUCUUAUCACCCUGCAGAAGGCAAUAGCAGGUCUGGUUGUGGUGUCAGAGGAAAUGGACCGAAUCUAUACCAGCUUCCUAAACAAUCAGGUUCCCACCCACUGGGAAAACUCUACCUACCCUUCCCUCAAACCCCUGGCUUCAUGGGUCAGAGAUCUGAACCUCAGAACAGCCUUCAUCCAGACUUGGAUCACACGUGGUCAGCCCAAAUCUUUUUGGAUCUCAGGAUUCUUCUCCCCUCAAGGCUUUCUUACCGGAGUGUUGCAGAAUCAUGCCCGGCAUUACAAUUUGCCCAUUGAUGAGCUCAACUUCCGCUUCAACAUGGUGAGAGCAUACAGGGAUGAGGUAGCAGUCUGUGAGGCUCUACGCACUCUUCCCAUCAGUGACAAGCUGGACAUGGAUGAUGAGUUACCAGAGCCAGAGGACGGCGUGCUUGUGCACGGGAUGUACAUGGAUGCAAGUCGCUGGGACGAUGUCAACAUGAUGAUUGAUGAUGCACUUCCUGGAGUGAUGAACGCCGUGCUGCCAGUCGUGCACUUCGAGCCACAGGAGAAUUAUGUCCCAGAGCCUGACCUCUACCACGCUCCUCUGUACAAGACCAGAGCCGGGACUCUGUCCACCACUGGUCACUCAACUAACUUCGUUGUGACAGUAAUGAUUCACACCAAGAGCCCCAGCAACUAUUGGAUAUCAAAAGCCUCUACACUCUUGUGCCAGCUGGACGAUUAAGUUUUUAAUAGACAUAUAACACUAUGCACAACAUUUAAACAAACUUUGCAUCGUCAGUGAACUUAUUCAGAACUAUUUUCACAAAUACAAUUUGUUCAUGAAGUGCACUUACUUCGUGUAAUGUGUAAUAAACAUUUCUUUGUUAACCCUAA